AUGCCCUUCUCCCGUCGUCACCGUGAACGCGUCGUUGAAGCUCCUCCCAAGCGCAGAGGCCUCUUCUCGCGCCGUCCUGCGCACCACACCACAACCACCACCGAGGCUCCCCGUCGUCGAGGUCUCUUUUCUCGCCGCCCUGCCGUCCAGCACCACCACCAGCGCAAGCCUAGCAUUGGUGACAAGAUCUCCGGCGCGUUUCUGAAGCUCCGCGGCAGUCUGACCCAUCGUCCUGGCGUCAAGGCCGCUGGCACUCGUCGCAUGCAUGGAACGGACGGCCGAGGCUCUCAUCGCCAUUACUACUAG